AUGACAGCGAGGUUGUUCACGCUGAACCCUGUCGAGGGCUUCCGCCCGAAGACGUUUGCCGGACACCGUGAUAGUGAUCAACGCAUACUUCUCCGCGGACUCCAAACUGUGAAUUACACCGUCAGUCGUGAUGGCGCUGUCUUCACCUGGAAGGCAAAGCCCUCAGAUGCCGAGUCAGACAGCGAUGACGCGGAGCCCAUCGCGUCCACCUCAGCCAUAGCCAACUCCAUCGCGCACACGCGAUGGGGGGUGCACAAGCGGAACUACUUCCAUCAGCCUGGCACGCGCGUUGUCUGCAGUACGUUCCAUCGUCCCUCCGGCCUGCUAGUGGUCGGCUUCUCUACCGGCGUCUUCGGUCUAUGGGAAAUGCCCUCGUUCUCCAACCUCCACACGCUCAGCAUCUCGCAAGAGAAGAUCUCCUCGGUUGCGGUGAACGCUUCCGGCGAAUGGCUUGCGUUCGGUGCGGCAAAGCUCGGGCAGCUACUGGUAUGGGAGUGGCAGAGCCAGAGCUACGUUCUGAAGCAGCAGGGUCACUUCUCGACGAUGAGCACAGUGGCAUACGCCCCUGACGGUGUCAACUUGGCCACGGGAGGCGAGGAUGGCAAGUUCGCGAAACAGGGCCAAGUGCUCUUCUCAGCGUCGCUGGACGGGACAGUGCGCGCGGCGGACCUGAUCCGGUACCGCGUCUUCCGGACGUUCACCUCGCCCACGCCAGCGCAAUUCGCGUCCCUGGCUGUCGACCCUAGCGGCGAGGCGGUUGCCGCGGGGUCGCAGGACAACUUCGAGAUCUGCCUGUGGAGCGUCCAGACGGGGAAACUGCUCGACGUCCUCGCGGGUCACACCGCCCCCGUAUGUGCCCUCGCCUUCUCGCCCACGGGAAACCUGCUCGCAAGCGGAUCAUGGGACCGCUCCGUGCGCCUGUGGAACGUCUUCGGCCGCAGCCGCGCCGUGGAGCCGUUCCAGCUCUCCUCCGACGUGCUCGCAGUCGCCUUCCGCCCGGACGGGAACGAGCUCGCGGUGGCGACGCUCGACGGGCAGCUCGUGUUCUUCGACGUCGCCGAAGGCCGGCAGAUGAGCAUCAUCGACACAAGGCGGGACGCCGCGCCGGGGCGGAAACUGGGCGACCUGACAGCCGCGCCCGGGGGCGGCUCGCACUCGAGCAUCUGCUACACUGCCGACGGGCGAUGCGUGCUCGCGGGCGGGCGGAGCCCGUACGUCGCGCUGUACGACGUGCGCGCGGGCGUGCUGCUCAAGCGCUUCAAGACGUCCGAGAACCUCGCCCUGGACGGGACGCAGGACAAGCUCGACAGCCGGCGGGUAACCGAAGCGGGGAACGCGGACCUGAUCGACACGCGCGGGGACGAGAGCGACGCGGAGGAGCGGCGGCAGCGCGACGACGAGCUGCCGGGCGCGAAGCGCGCGGACCUCGCGCGGCGGCGCGUGCGCGAGGAGGUGCGGACGACCGUUCGACCCGUGGACCUGGCGAUGGACGUCACGCCGCAGAGCGUGCUCGGGCUCCUGGCGAAGCGGUCGUGGCUCCCUGCGCUGAUCACGGCGUUCAGGCUGAACGAGCGCGCGCUCGUGCAUCGCGUGUUCUCGGCGGUGCCCGGGGACGACGUGAGGCUGGUGGUGCGGGGCGUACCGCAGGUGUAUGUGGGCGCGCUCGUGCGGUGCGUCGCGGAGGCGCUGGAGGGCAGCCCGCGCGUGGAGUUCGUCAUGGUGUGGGUGAAGGCGGUGUUGGGCACGCAUGGGCGGUACCUGCGCGAGCGGGCGGGCGAGCACGCCGGUGUACUCCGGGCGUUGCAGAAGGCGCUGGGGGAGUUCGAGAACCUGAUCGUGAAGUUGUGCGAAGAGAACAAUGCUACGCUGGCCUUCCUCGCCGACCAAAUGAAGCUGAAACAGGCUGCCGCAGAGCAGGUCGGCGAAGACGUCGUCAUGCAGGAGGCAUAG